UCCGUCGUUGGCCCUUAGUCUUACAGACAAAACAAAACCUAAUUAUCUACCGUUGCGUAACCUGUGACUUAAAAUCGAGUUUAUGACAAGGAUUUCAAACUGUAGAUUUUUAAAAUUUUACAAAAUUUGACCUGCUUUUUUGUUAUCGUUCACAGGACAGAGAAAGACAGCUGGAAAUGGAAAGAAGAGAGAACGAAGCGGACCUACAACACCUCGUCGGUGCUGAAGGCGAAGGGGACAUUAGAGUCCGUCUCCGUGGAAGGGACACCACCUUCCAAAGACGUUUCACUGCUUCGGAUACAAACGAGCUUUUGUAUCAAGUGGCCAUUGCCAACCUGCGCGAGAGAAAUAUCGGAAAUAUCACCAUCCGAAAUGCCAGUGGACGGAUAGUGGAAAGAAAUGACGAUCCCAUUGACGUUGUAGACGCAACGACACUAAUGGUCUUUCAUGACUAGGGUGAGAUAAAAGGAUUAAAUGGAUGGGAUCCUGGUCACGAAAGACCAUUAGUGUUUAUGUUUCAACAACGUCGAUGGGAUCAUAUAGUACAUACGCCGCUAUUAUCAUAAGCCCAUCAUAUUGCCAAAUAUCGAUAUUUUUCAACAAUAUUUUCCGUCCAUCUCUUGUCUGCUUGUCACCUAGACUAUUCAAAGCGAACGUGGGAUGUAUAAGUUAAUAAUUAUCUAUUUUGAUACAGAAAAGGAGAAACGAUUUCAUUGAUCUAAUAAAUGUACAAACAGUACAUAGCAUGUGGAACUUGCUUAUUGAAAUUGUUUUUUAUUGAUUGAAAGUAUUUACCGUUUUAUAGUUUUCGUAUAGCAAAAUUGUUACAAUAACAUUUGAUAAUUUUGAAUAAUUGAGGAAUUUUCUGAAAUGAAACUGAUUGAAAAAAAAAAAGUUAUGGUGGCCUGUUCUUGCCGUAGCUCUAUUUAUGCUGCCAUAUUCUAUGAUGUUAUAGCCGUGAAUCGUUUUCUAAGAAAAGAGAAAAUAGAACAUUCAUCAAUAUCAAUGGCCAGAUGCUGUCGUUUUUGUAAAUAGUCUAAAAGAGUCUGGGGCGAGCUGGCGGGAGACCUGUGAUAUUCUAAAACGUUAGGGACUAGGCUCCAUUUCCAAGAUGGCUGCCAGCAGAAUCGUAGUAAACACGAAUUCCUGCAAGUUUACGUGGAAAUUAUCGACUUACAAAGCUCUAGAGCGAUAUAAAAGCAAAAAAAUAAUUAAAGCAGACUCCCAGAUAUGCCUUUAAAACAGGAUUGACUGAUAUGAAAACAAAAAAAAAUCUUCUUUUCUUUGUUCAAUUGCAAAUGGAAAAGGGAGGGGGGGCUAGAAAUUGUUAGUUGAGGGUGCACAGGGAGCCCAACCCGAUCGUGAUGACAAACUAAAACUAUUAUUUGGACAAAAUUCAUUAAUUCAGGGCCAAUCACGAAAAAACUCUCCCCCACUCUAUAGAAGACUCCUAUUCUCGUCAGUUUGCUCAUUCAUUUGCACGCAUGGAUUUCGAUGCUAGUUACGACAACGCUCAAACCUUAGAACAUAACUUCAAAAAUAUUUCCAGUAUGAAAGAUUAACAUGCCGUCUCGACACAGGGGAGCACAGCGAAAUGUGUUUCUAAACGCGCGAUUUACGAAAAUAAACCGCUUUGUUAUGCAACGAGUCAUAUGUAUUUGUUUUGCAAGGGGUGUCAUCUCACGCGCUGUCGGGGGUGGGUGUAGGGAUAGGAUUAUGAAGGGUAUUGUCUCUGUCGGUCUCAGUUCGUAUACCGAUUGCUUACCCACAGAACGGUUUAACAAAGUUGUUCGAGACUGGAACCAGGAAAAGCUUAUCUAGAUUACCAGAACCUCCGUCUCGGCAUUCUGGCUGAGUGUCACUAGAAGAGAAAAGUCUGGAGGCUUUGGUACCCUCGUCCAUAGCCUGAGUAUCAGGCCCUCCCCCCUUACCCACUAAAAAAAGCCUGAUACUCAGGCUACGUCCGUCCAGCUCGUCGCGACGACAUUUUGGAUGAGCAUCACUGGGCUAGAGAAGUUUGGAGGGUCUGGUACCCAGGGUAGGAAAGGCUAUUCGCCCGCCCAGAGCCUCCUCGCAUUUAUUUUGGCUGAGCGCAUAACGAAAGAAUUCAGGAGGCUAUGGUACCCAGGGUAGUCUGUUCACUUCACCACCAAUGACAAAAAUGACAUGUUCUUGACGGUAACGCAACGGCCUUUUGUUCGUUAGGCGUUUACGCAAAAUUAUCACCAAUCACAGAGUGUUUGUAAUUGGAGAAACACCAUUUCUUAUCAUAUAGAGGCACGUGCCUAAUAAUACAUAGUUAGGGCUAUAGUCGCUUUCUUCGAUUUCAUCGCAUCUUCAUCACAUUGUUUAGUUUUGCUCCAAAAACAAUGGACCCUGAUGUCCGGACGUUAUUAAGGAAUAUAGGGAAUACACCUUUGGAUGUGAUUUCCUGGCUACAGGCACGGGGAUUACUGGCAAGGGAAAUGCUUUGCCCACAUCACGACCAGCCAAUUCCAAUGAUACUAACUCUGUGCCCUGACAGGUCUGAUGGCUACAAAUG